AUGUAUUCAGGCUUCGGCGGUGGGUUUGAUCCCGCUAACCCCGACCACCUCUACAACAUGGCCCGCCACGGACGACGACCUAUUGUGCAACGGUUUGACGAGUACUACCGAUGCUAUCCUCUAGUCAUGGCCCCCGGAGCUGAAAGACCAGAACUCAACUACGGCUCCAAGAUCAUUCUACCACCAUCCGCUCUCGAUAAGGUGUCUAAGCUCCAUGUGCAGUGGCCUUUGCUCAUGGAGCUGAUCAACGGAGAGAAAGGCAGACACUCCCAUGCGGGUGUGUUGGAGUUUAUUGCGGAGGAGGGCCGGGCAUACAUUCCUCAAUGGAUGAUGGAAACUCUUGGGAUGGACGUUGGUGACAUGAUCCAGGUCCGUACCACAUCAUUGGAGCUGGCCAAGAUGGUCAAGCUACAGCCUCAAUCCGUCAACUUCCUUGAGAUUAGUGAUCCCAAGGCAGUGCUGGAGAAGGCUUUCCGCAAUUUUGCCACCCUUACCAAGGGUGAUGUCUUCAAUUUCGCCUACAAUGAUGAAGUCUAUGAUGUGGCCGUUCUCGACGUCAAGCCCGAGACGGACAAGAUGGGAGUCAGUAUGAUCGAAACCGACGUGUCAGUAGAAUUCGCGCCUCCAGUCGGCUACGUCGAACCUGAGCGCCAGAGCGGGACCAGCACCCCAAGAAGCACACGAGGUGGUGUUCCUGCUGGAGGCCUGCUACACAACCAAGGAACCAUGGCGCAAGCCAUCAACUACAGCGCCAUUGCUCCAUCAGUGACAAGCAAUGUGACAAACUUCUUUGGAGAGGGCCAAAAGCUUGCCAAGAAGGGAAGCAAGGCUCCAACACCCAAGCCAGCUACUCCAGUUCCUACGGUGGAGAUCCCAGGAAUGCCUAGGAAGCGCGAUGGUGCUCCGGCAGCUCUACGCCUACCACCUAACAAGCUUUUCUUCGGAUACGAGAUUAAGCCAGUCAAGACGGACGCCGAUAAGGAAGAGGAGAAGGAGAACGCCAACAGGCCUCACUUUGCUGGCCAAGGCCAGACACUUCGGGGUGCCGUUAAAAGAAAGGGAGAAGGAGACGACAAGACCAAGGCCCCCGAGAAGAAGGGUACGAGCGAAGGAAAUAGACUCGACGGUCGACGGCCACGAUGA